UGCGGUUGCCGCAGUUGUUACGCGAACGAAAAUAUUAACUUAUAGUAUUUAAUUUAGUUGCACGACGACGGCGACAUUUGCUACUCUUCCCCACUCUUAGUGUACGUGCGUUUCUGUGUGUGUGUUGAAGUGCGCGCGCAAUUGCCAUUAGAAAAAUACGAUUUAGUUAAAAGAGAAACUGCCGAUCGAAAUGCUGCGUACGUUGUCACGCGUUAGCGAAUUGCCAAUUGUUGUAAAACAAUUGCAAAAAAAUGCUGCACAGGCUGGUGUCUCAAAGACAAACAACUAUGCCACGGAGGCCACCGUGCAAGUGAAUCGUCCAUUCAAACUACAUCGUUUGGACGAAGGUCCCGAGACCACAGUGAAGCUGACCAAAGAUGAGGCACUCAAAUAUUAUACACAAAUGCAGACGAUACGCCGCAUUGAGACCGCCGCUGGUAAUCUAUACAAGGAGAAGAUCAUUCGUGGCUUUUGUCAUUUAUAUUCCGGACAGGAGGCUUGCGCCGUCGGCAUGAAGGCGGCCAUGCGGGAUGUGGACAACAUUAUCUCCGCCUAUCGUGUGCACGGCUGGACCUAUCUGAUGGGUGUUCCGCCAGCCGGCGUGCUCUGCGAACUCACCGGUGUCCAGGGGGGCUGUGCACGCGGCAAAGGCGGUUCCAUGCACAUGUAUGCUCCAAAUUUCUUUGGCGGCAAUGGCAUUGUCGGUGCUCAGGUGCCUUUGGGAACCGGUGUGGCUCUGGCCUGCAAAUACAAGGGCAAUGGUGGCAUGUGCCUGGCGCUCUAUGGUGAUGGUGCCGCCAAUCAGGGCCAAGUAUUUGAGGCCUAUAACAUGGCCUAUCUGUGGAAACUGCCCGUCAUAUUUGUCUGCGAGAAUAAUAACUAUGGCAUGGGCACUAGUGCUGAGCGUGCUUCCUGCAACACCGACUACUACACACGCGGCGAUGCGUUGCCCGGCAUCUGGGUGGACGGCAUGGAUGUCCUUGCUGUGCGCAGCGCAACCGAAUUCGCCAUCGAUUAUGUGAAUAAGAACGGACCAUUGAUCAUGGAGACGAACACCUAUCGUUAUUCGGGCCAUUCCAUGUCCGAUCCGGGCACCUCAUAUCGCACGCGCGAGGAGAUUCAGGAAGUGCGUCAGAAGCGAGAUCCCAUCACCUCGUUCAAGGAGAUGUGCAUUGAAUUGGGUCUGAUAAAUGCCGAUGAGAUCAAGGCCAUUGAUCUGAAGGUGCGGAAGGAAGUCGACGAGGCUACAGCCGUGGCCAAGUCAGACUCUGAGCUGGCGCCGAGCCAUCUCUGGACUGAUGUAUACUCCAAUAAUCUGGAGACGAAGAUACGUGGAACCAUUGCCUACGACAUCGAUCACGUAUCGGAGCGCAAGGGCGUCAAUCAUUAGGCAGAAAGACAGAAACAGAGACAGAGAGAGGAGAGUCGGAGGAUGGCGCAAGGAUAACAACGACAAGACAGGCAAACUCUUUAGCUCAUAAGUCGAAACUGAAAUGAAAAGUAGAACAAUUAUAAAUAUCACACACAUUAAAUAUUACCCAGAAUACUUAUAGCUUAGCUUAGCUUUCACACACACACUCACCUACACACACACACACACACACACCCCGUGUGAAGGAGUUUUUUUUGGGUAUAAACGGAUAUUAAAUAACAACGUGUUCAAAAAUAUUGAUAAAGCGGAUUGUGAAUUGUUGAAAUAAAAACCUACAAGACAUAAAAACA